AUGUCUUUAUUUCUUUUUUCUUUCUUUCUUUCUUUCUUUCUUUUUUUUCUUUCUUUCUUUGUUUCUUUCAUUAUUUAUCUCCUUUGUUCUUUCUUUCCUCCUUUCAUCUAUCUACUCUCCGCCACAAAAAACCGACUGUCCUUUUCUGGGCACAAAUUCUCAUAUCUCCGCCACCCAAAACCGACUGUCCUUUUCUGGGAACAAAGUCUUUUCUCCCCGCCACCAAAAACCGACUGUCCAUUUCUGGGAACGAAAUCUCUUCUUUCCGCCACUAAAAAACGACUGUCCAUUUCUGGGAAUAAAGUCUCUACUCUCCGCCACCAAAAACCGACUGUCCUUUUCUGGGAACAAAGUCUCUUCUCUCCGCCACUAAAAACCGACUGUCCUUUUCUGGGAACAAAGUCUCUUCUCUCCGCCACCAAAAACCGACUGUCCUUUUCUGGGAACAAAGUCUUUUCUCUCCGCCACCAAAAACCGACUGUCCUUUUCUGGGAACAAAGUCUCUUCUCUCCGCCACCAAAAACCGACUGUCCUUUUCUGGGAACAAAGUCUCUUCUCCGCCACCAAAAACCGACUGUCCUUUUCUGGGAACAAAGUCUUUUCUCUCCGCCACCAAAAACCGACUGUCCUUUUCUGGGAACAAAGUCUCUUCUUUCCGCCAUCAAAAACCGACUGUUCUUUCCUGGCCACAAAGUCUCUUCUUUCCGCCAUCAAAAACCGACUGUUCUUUCCUGGCCACAAAGUCUCUUCUUCUCCCCGCUACCAAAAAACAAAAACAAAAACAAAAAAAAAACUGCCCUUUUCCGAGCACAAAGCCUUUUCUUCCAACCUAUACAACGAAGCAGACUUACCAGCUCUGCAGCCUGUCUAACCUGA